AUGGACAAGAUGGGACUUCUGUGGUGUGUAAUGAGCCUCUACUUCUAUGGGAUCUUGCAAAGUGAUGCCUCGGAACGCUGCGAUGACUGGGGACUAGACACCAUGAGGCAGAUCCAAGUGUUUGAAGAUGAGCCAGCUCGCAUCAAGUGCCCACUCUUUGAACACUUCUUGAAAUAUAACUACAGCACAGCCCAUUCAGCUGGCCUUACUCUGAUCUGGUAUUGGACGAGGCAGGACCGGGACCUGGAGGAACCAAUUAACUUCCGCCUCCCGGAGAACCGCAUUAGUAAGGAGAAAGAUGUGCUCUGGUUCCGGCCCACCCUUCUCAAUGACACGGGCAACUACACCUGCAUGUUAAGGAAUACCACAUAUUGCAGCAAAGUUGCAUUUCCUCUGGAAGUUGUUCAAAAAGAUAGCUGCUUCAAAUCUGCAAUGAAAGUCCCAGUGCAUAAACUGUAUAUAGAAUAUAGUAUUCAGAAGAUCACUUGUCCAAAUAUAGAUGGAUAUUUUCCUUCCAGUGUCAAACCAGACAUCACUUGGUAUAUGGGCUGUAGAAAAGUACAGGGCUUUCAUAAUGUAAUACCUGAAGGCAUGAACUUGAGUUUCCUCUUAGCCUUGUAUUCAAAUAAUGGAAAUUACACGUGCGUUGUUACAUAUCCAGAAAAUGGGCGUGCAUUCAAUCUAACCAGGACUCUGGCUGUAAAGGUUGUAGGCUCUCCAAACUCUGUAUUGCCCCCCCAAAUCCAAUUACCCAAUGAUCUUGUGGUCUACAAGAAAGAACCAGGAGAGGAGCUGCUCAUUCCCUGUAAAGUCUUUUUUACUUACCUGAAGGACUCUCGCAACGAGGUUUGGUGGACCAUCGAUGGGAAGAAGACAGAUGACACCACUAUUGAUGUAACCAUUGAUGAAAGUGUGAGUCUGGAUGCACUGGAACAUGAAACAAGAACUGUGACUCUGAGCAUCAAGAAAGUUAGGGCUGAAGAUCUCAAACGCAACUAUGUCUGUCAUGCUAGAAAUGGCAAAGGGGAGGUUGAGCAGCCAGCCACGGUUAAACAGAAAGUGAUCGCUCCAAGAUACACAGUGGAACUGGCCUGUGGGUUUGGAAUCACAGUCCUGCUCAUGGUGAUUCUCAUUGUUGUUUACCAUGUUUAUUGGCUGGAGAUGGUGCUGUUUUACCGAGCUCAUUUUGGAACAGAUGAAACCAUUUUAGAUGGGAAGGAAUAUGAUAUUUAUGUAUCAUAUGCAAGGAAUGCUGAAGAAGAAGAAUUUGUAUUGCUGACCCUCCGUGGAGUUUUGGAGAAUGAAUUUGGAUAUAAGCUGUGCAUCUUUGACAGAGACAGUCUGCCUGGGGGAAAUACGGUGGAAGCAGUUUUUGACUUCAUUCAGAGGAGCCGAAGGAUGAUUGUUGUCCUGAGCCCAGACUAUGUGACAGAAAAGAGCAUCAGCAUGCUGGAAUUUAAACUGGGUGUCAUGUGCCAGAACUCCAUUGCCACCAAGCUCAUUGUGGUUGAGUAUCGUCCCCUUGAGCAUCCACACCCAGGCAUCCUGCAGCUGAAGGAGUCUGUGUCUUUUGUGAGCUGGAAAGGAGAAAAAUCCAAACAUUCUGGCUCUAAAUUCUGGAAGGCGUUGCGGUUAGCUCUUCCCCUGAGAAGUCUGAGUGCCAGCUCUGGCUGGAACGAGAGCUGUUCUUCUCAGUCUGACAUCAGUCUGGACCAUGUUCAAAGGCGGAGAAGUCGUUUGAAAGAGCCCCCAGAACUCCAGAGCUCAGGGAGGGCUGCAGGUACCUCUCCUGCCUCGGGCACAAUGUCUAAACACAGAGGAAAACCUUCUGCAGCCUGUCGCUGCUGUGUCACCUACUGUGAAGGCGAGAGUCACCUUAGGAGCAAGAGCCGGGCAGAGAUCCACACGCAGCCGCAAUGGGAGACACACCUCUGUAAGCCUGCUCCCCGAGAGUCAGACACUCAAUGGAUACAAAAUGGUACCCGAUUGGAAAGCCCUGUUCCCCAGAUCUCAGCCCUUGCUCUUCACCAUUUCACGGAUUUAUCUAAUAACAAUGACUUUUAUAUCCUAUAA